AAAAGUAAUGGGAGAAACCCUCAUAGGGCCCAUAGAGACCCCAAAGGGACCAUAGAGACCCCCAAAGGUGGAGGAACCCCAAAAGGCCCCAUAGAACCCCCAAAGGUGGAGGAACCCCAAAAGUAAUGGGAGAAACUCUCAAAGGCCCCAAAGAGACCCCAAAGGUGGAGGAACCUCAAAAAGGCCCGAAAGAGACCCCAAAGGUGGAGGAACCCCAAAAGGCACCAUAGGAGCCUCAAAGGUGGAGGAACCCCAAAAGUAAUGGGAGAAACCCUCAAAGGGCCCAUAUAGACCCCAAAGGUGGAGGAACCCCAAAAUUAAUGGGAGAAACCCUCAAAGGGCCCAUAGAGACCCCCAAAGGUGGAGGAACCCCAAAAGGCACCAUAGGAGCGUCAAAGGUGGAGGAACCCCAAAAGUAAUGGGAGAAACCCUCAAAGGGCCCAUAGAGACCUCAAAGGUGGAGGAACCCCAAAAAGGCCCCAUAGAGACCCCCAAAGACGGAGGAACCCCAAAAGGCCCCAUAGAGAACCCCCAAAGGUGAAGGAGAGGGCCACAAACGCGGUCCCAAACACCUCUGACAAUGCCGUCAGGAAAGAGCGACCGCGGCCGCCGUGGCGGUUCCUUCGUGGUCGCGCGCGCUGUGACGUCAGCAGGCGGCGCCGUCGCGCGCGGUGACGUCAGCACGUCAAGGAGGCGUUAAAUAGGCGGUGGGGGAGGAGUCUGUGCGUCAGGCGUGCGUGGUGACGUCAGCGCGCGGCGGCGCCUGUGAAGGCGGGAAAGACAAAAAUGGCGGCGCGGGGAGAAGAAGGCGGAGGAGAGUGAGGCGAUCCAAGAAAGAAGCGGGAUUGGAAGCCGGGAAGCGGCGCCAUGGAGGAGGUGGAGUCGCGCUUCCUGCACCUCCUGCAGCCCAUCCGGGAUCUCACCAAGAAUUGGGAAGUGGACGUGGCCGCUCAGCUCGGGGAAUACCUGGAAGAGUUGGAUCAUAUCUGCAUUUCCUUCGACAACGGCAAAACCACCAUGAACUUCAUCGAAGCGGCGCUGCUGAUCCAGGGAUCCGCCUGCGUCUACAGCAGGAAGGUGGAAUAUCUCUACUCGUUGGUUUAUCAGACGCUGGAUUUCAUCUGCAAUAAAAAGCGGGAAAAGCAGCCGAGUUCCUUGGGAGACGACGGCAAAGACACCGACGCCACCUUUGGGACGGAGCAGGAGGAGUUCCUCUCGCUGGAUGACAUCGGAGCCGGCAGCCCGGCCAACGUGGACAUGAAGACGGAUCACCGACCCAACGCCGUCGACAUCGUUCCUUUGACUCCGAUGUCUUUGGUCCCUCCGGAAGACGCCGAGAAGAGGGAGAAUCCCUUAUUCAGCCGGACCGGGGAGCUCCUGGCCAGCCGGAAGGAUUUCCGGAUGAACACGUGCACCCCUCACGCCACCGGCGCUUUCCUGCUGGAGUUGGCGGGAUUAUCCCCGACUUUCCCACCGGAGCCGCGACGCCCCCGGAGCCCCCGAACAGCUGCAGGAGCGCAUUCCGGUGUCCUCGGAAGGGAUCCCGUGCAGGCGCUGAGCUUUUCCGAAGACGGAGGUGCUCCAGAACCUGAGGAUGAUGACUACGGAGCGGAUAUCCCGGAAAACGAUGUGGAAAUGCUUCCAGCUGCUCCGGAAUGCAUAGAAGCGCAGAAGAUUGCUCCCAAGGAGAAAGGAAUCAUCCUACGGAAGCGAUUCCCAACGGAAGACCCCAACGCUCACAUCAAGGAGAUGUUGGAUCCGUGGCAAAGCCUCGAUCCCUUCGCUGAUUCCGAGGAAAAGCCGUUUAAGAAAGGGAGGCCCUUCCUGCUGCCGCGCGGCCUGGACGGAGUCGUGGGAGGCAAACGGAAGAGGAAGAGCCCCCGGAAGCUCCAGGACUUCGUCAAAUGGUUCACUGCAGCCUACACCCCCGUUGCCGACAGCCGGAAAACCCGGCGGAAAGGCCCCACCUUUGCGGACCUGGAGGCGCUGUACUGGCAGCAGCUGCGGGAACGCAAGAGCCGCGCGGCUGCUCCGUGGGAGCCGCUGCGCCUCCAGGAGUCGGAGCCGCCGGAGGAGGAGCGCGAGGCCGAUGGAGAGGAGGGAGAUGCCGACUUUACGGAGCACGAGGACAUCGGAGCCGAGAACCCGGAGGAAGCCGGAGGAGACGAAUCCGCUCGGCCUCCGAUCCGCUCGGAAUCGCUCGGAUACGAGGAGCUGGUGCGGCGGAACGUGGAGCUGUUCAUGGCGGAGUCGCAGAAAUACGCGCGGGAGACGGAGCUCUCGCAGCACGUGCGGCGCUGGGAAGAGAGGAUCGGGCCCCUCCUGCACGAGCAG